AUGCGUGAAAUUGUGCACGUUCAGGCGGGGCAGUGUGGAAAUCAGAUUGGAUCUAAGUUCUGGGAGAUAAUAUCCGACGAGCAUGGCGUGGACCCCGUGGGUCACUACAACGGCGAGAACCCCAUGCAGGUCGAGAGGAUCAACGUGUACUACACAGAGGCAUCCUCUGGGCGGUAUGUGCCCCGCGCGGUGCUCGUGGACCUCGAACCGGGGACUAUGGACGCCGUGAGGUCCGGACCCUACGGCGGCCUAUUCCGGCCGGACAACUUCGUGUUCGGACGCAGCGGCGCAGGUAACAACUGGGCGAAGGGCCACUACACCGAGGGCGCCGAGCUCGUGGACUCCGUCCUGGACGUGGUCAGGAAGGAGGCCGAGGGCUGCGACUGCCUCCAGGGUUUCCAGCUGGCCCACUCGCUGGGCGGCGGCACCGGCUCCGGCCUGGGCACGCUGCUGCUCAGCAAGAUCAGGGAGGAGUACCCCGACAGGAUCAUGACCACCUUCAGCGUCUUGCCAUCACCGAAGGUGAGCGAGGUGGUCUUGGAGCCGUACAACGCCACGCUCUCCGUCCACCAGCUGGUGGAGAACACGGACAUGACGAUAUGCAUCGACAACGAAGCCCUCUACAACAUCUGUUUCCGUACCCUCAGACUGGCCAACCCCAGCUACGGGGACCUCAACCACCUGAUAUCUCUCACCAUGUCCGGGAUCACCACCUGCCUCCGCUUCCCCGGGCAGCUGAACGCGGACCUGAGGAAGCUGGCCGUCAACAUGGUGCCGUUCCCGCGGCUGCACUUCUUCAUGCCAGGUUUCGCGCCGCUGACUGCGAGAAACGCCCUCAGUUUCCGCGCCCAAACUGUGCCGGAACUUAUGAGUCAGAUGUUCAACCCGGGCAACAUGAUGACCGCAUGCGACCCCCGCCACGGGCGCUACCUCACCGUGGCCACCAUGUUCCGGGGCAGGAUGUCCAUGCGCGAGGUGGACGACCAGGUGAUGGCGAUACAGAACAAGAACUCCAGCUACUUCGUGGAGUGGAUCCCGAACAACCUGAAGGUGUCCGUCUGCGACGUGCCCCCCCGCGGCCUGAAGAUGUCCGCCACCUUCAUGGGCAACACCACGGCCAUCCAGGAGGUGUUCAAGAGGAUACUGGAGCAGUUCUCCGCGAUGUUCAGGAGGAAGGCCUUCCUCCAUUGGUACACCGGCGAGGGUAUGGACGAGAUGGAGUUCACUGAAGCCGCGAGCAACAUGAGCGAUCUGAUCUCCGAGUACCAGCAGUACCAGGAGGCGCAAGUGGACGACGACGAGGUGGAGUACGAGGAAGAGGAGGAGCCCGAGGACCUGGAUCAG